AUGCCCGAUUAUUUGGGUGAGGAUAUGCGUAAGAAUACGAAGGGUCAAGGAGAUCAGGAUGAUGAUAAACCUUUCCAGGCACUUGAUGAGAAUGAUAUAGCGGUUUUGAAGAGCUAUGGACAAGGCGCUUAUGCAGAACAGUUGAAGCAAGUUGAGGUGGAUAUCGAAGAGUGUGUGAAGAAGGUGAAUGAGCUGUCCGGAGUGAAAGAAAGUGACACUGGUCUUGCGCCUCCUGCACUCUGGGAUAUUGCGGCUGAUAAGCAAGCAAUGCAAAGUGAACAGCCUCUUCAAGUGGCCAGAUGCACAAAAAUCAUCACCAGUGAAGGUCAUGAGCCACGCUAUAUGAUCAAUGUGAAGCAGUUCGCUAAAUUUGUGGUGGAUUUAGCCGAAAGUGUUGCUCCUACAGAUAUCGAGGAAGGUAUGCGAGUGGGAGUGGAUCGAAAUAAAUACCAAAUACAUCUGCCGCUACCAGCUAAAAUUGAUCCUUCCGUUACUAUGAUGCAGGUUGAAGAGAAGCCGGACGUUACGUAUGCAGAUGUUGGAGGUUGCAAAGAUCAAAUCGAGAAAUUACGCGAAGUUGUUGAAACACCACUUUUGCACCCAGAAAGGUUUGUAAAUUUGGGAAUCGAACCACCAAAAGGUGUUCUGCUAUAUGGACCACCUGGAACAGGCAAGACACUUUGUGCACGUGCAGUUGCAAAUCGUACCGAUGCGUGCUUCAUACGAGUAAUUGGCUCUGAGUUGGUGCAGAAAUAUGUUGGCGAGGGGGCCAGGAUGGUUCGAGAGCUGUUCGAAAUGGCUCGAACUAAGAAGGCAUGUUUGAUAUUUUUCGACGAGAUCGAUGCGGUUGGUGGUGCGAGAUUCGAUGAUGGGAUGGGUGGUGACAACGAGGUGCAGCGAACAAUGUUGGAAUUAAUCAAUCAGUUGGAUGGUUUCGACCCGAGAGGAAAUAUAAAAGUACUGAUGGCUACGAAUCGUCCAGACACGUUGGAUCCGGCCCUGGUACGCCCGGGUCGGUUGGAUCGUAAGAUUGAAUUCGCAUUACCUGAUUUAGCAGGCAGAGCGCAUAUAUUCAAGAUUCAUGCGAAACAAAUGAGUGUGGAGCGCGAUAUUAGAUAUGAUUUAUUGGCAAGAUUGUGUCCGAACAGCACUGGUGCUGAAAUCAGGAGUGUUUGCACGGAGGCGGGUAUGUUCGCGAUUCGAGCACGUCGAAAGGUGGCCACCGAAAAAGAUUUUUUGGAGGCAGUGAAUAAAGUUAUUAAGGGAUAUGCCAAAUUCAGUGCAACACCACGUUAUCUCACACAUAAUUGA